AUGCCGUCGCUCGAGUAUAGCAGACUUAUUAAGAGGGUAGUAUUAUCGGCACCCUCGAAAGCUCACGAGGUUCGCGUCGUCAACCAAGUUAUCCUGGCAGUGUCCGCCUUGAGCAUAGCUGGUGCAGGAUGGAUCAUCAUGAGUUUUUGCCUGUUCAAGCAGGUUAGAACGUUUCGUCAUCAGCUCAUCCUCGGUCUCGCCAUCUCGGAUUUCUGGAUGGCCGUUAACUUUCUCUCGUCUUGCGCUAUGAAUCUAUCUGGCCGCAGUAUCGGAGAUCCCUCCCAGAAGAGAUUCUGCAGCUUCAACGGCUUUAUGACCCAGUUUUUCGUCAUCCAGACGGACUACUGGGUGUUACUCAUCGCUGUAUGCACGUUUCUCAUUCUAGCGAACCACAAGCACAUGUCCUCUUGGAUCCAGGAACACCGGCUAGUUCUAUGGUGUCUCCCUUGGGGCUUCUCUGCUCUAUGGGCGGCAAUAGGGCUAGGCCUUGACGGCUAUAGCGACAUCGGUGCCUGGUGCUGGUUCGGUUCCGACAAGACGCGGCUCCUCGUAAACUUCCUCCCCCGCUGGCUCAUCGUCAUCUUCAUCCUCGCUCUAUAUGCUCGGCUCUACCGUAUCAUCUACAAGGCGCACAACCGCUUCAUGUCCUUUAACGACCAGAUGUCGCCACACAACCACGCUUCCCCCAGCGUCGAGCCUGAUACCGACUCCCCGAACCCCAUGCUGAAGAAAAUGGCGCGGCAGAUGAUGAGCUACCCGCUGGCUUACAUGUUAAUCUGGACGAUUCCGACGACGAUUCGCAUCUACCAGAGCGUCAAGGGGAAGCCGGCUCCCUUCGGCAUCGCGACCGUUGAUAAGGCUUGUAUCGUCAUCCAAGGCUUCGUGGACGCCCUCAUCUACGGCGUGAAUGAAUCCUCGCUCGGCGUCUGGCGCGAACGGUUCCGUAGAUCGUCGCCCGCUACGGCUGCUCCGGCCAAUAUCAAGGUCAAUGUCGAGCAUGAGAUUAGGAUUGAGAGGACGCUUAGAUCGGCGCUGAGCGAUAGCGAUUCGCACCUAACGCGCAUGUAGGACUUGGCUAUUAUGUGGUAUGUUUAGAAAAGCUGGAUGAGAAUUGCAUUGGCAGCGCGGAGUUGGAGGAUAGUAAUGUUCACUCUCUCUACCUAAUGCCCCGUCCAGGCGCCGACGCAGAUUUGAAGUCACAGAAUGCGCCUUAUCUCUUCACUAGUGGCGCCGAGAUUGCGAGAGGAGAGAUCUGACAUAUCAUCCCGUCCAGUCUCCUCUAACCGAAGACUAAGUAUUCAUUCAUCACUGAAUCCACGCACAUGAACUACUCGCCACACUGGCCAAGGGUGCUCCUUUGGCGCGUGGGGCGA